AGUAGCCAUUUCUUGAUUGACUUAUCGGUGUUUUCACAUUGAUAUUUCAUUGUUCCGCUUCGAGACACGCGGUUAACCAUACUCACGAGCAAGGAGUUAAGAUAUAAGUAUUAACUUUUAUUAUUUUUAUCAUCCAAUCACGGGUCGGAGCCAUUCCUGUAUUUAGUCGCUAGUACUGUAAAAAAGGUCUCUUCGAAACACAUAAUGGUUUACAACGUGUAAGUGACAACGUGUAAGUGACAACGUGUAAGUGACAACGUGUAAGUGACAACGUGAAAGGCGACGUGUUAGAGGCGGAGAUGUGUAACCCUUUUCGUUUUCUGUAGAAACCGAAGCAUUUUAUCUUCUUAAAUAAUGUAUGAUAUUUUCUGACUUGCAGCCAGUGAUGAAACGCCUGACGAAAACAAAAAUGACGUAAUUCUACUUUUUUUAUAUAAGCAACUGAAUUUAAAAUUUUUGCCCAACACGGAUAAACUAUUUCGAUACAAAACUUGCAAAAUGGCCGAAGACCAAAGCAAUCCUUUUCUGACUGCUACUAUCAUUGGCGAUUGUGGAAAUUCUACCAGUAGUGGAUCAGAACCAAAAUAUGUUCCACUAGCCGCUGAUCUUGUUCCCGUUGAAGUAAAAAGCUGGUUCGUGGCAAUGGAAGCGAAAGAGUUAUUGAAGAAGUAUUCCCCAAAUACUGAAGCGAGAGAGUUUCUACCGAAAACUUCCAAGUAUGGUAGUAAAGAGAAAAUGAUAGCCGCUAUAGGCUCAGAAGAGAUGGUUUACCCCGGAGAUUGCGGACUGUUUUCAACCAUUCUAACAGCCUACAACAACCACUGGACACUUCGAACGUCUCCCGAUGACUGGUGGUUCUGCGUGAUCAGGCGAGUGGCAGGUGCUAUCGAAAAAAACGCCAAGAAAGAUUCCGUACGUAAGAUGUUUGUUGAUCACGAAGGAAAAAAAGAAAUUGAAGUGGAAGUACCUGACACCACCAUCUACACUGUUGACUACAGCUGGUUCUUUGAUCAAAUGGCAAAGGGAAUACGAAAGAACGUUAAAGUACCUGAGUUCGUUGAUGGAGUAACGGCGGAUUUUAGCACCACAACACCAGUGCAGAAAGUCGUCUCGCAGAUUGUGUUGAUGCAUUCGGUUCAGGAAUAUUUUAAGUACAGCAUGAUGCUUGCGUGUGGCAUUCCUGCUGUGGAAAUGCUGGGCACUGAGGACGAUUGGAAGAAACUUAAGUCCAAACUUAAGGUAACCUUAGAUCCUUGUGUGCACCCCCCCUUAACCCUAACCCUAACCCUAACCCUAACCCAAACCCUAACCCCCCUCCUUUUGCCUUGCAGUGAUAGGAGAUAAACUUAACCUAUUUAUCACGAUCUGCUUUUUGGACCACUCAAGUCCCAGAUUUUUUCCUUCUGACCCUAAUACUCUCACUCCCAUACAAGGGUGUAGUUAAGGGCACUUGUACUUGAUGAUGGGGAAAAAUCCUGAAGUGAGCAGUGCAAACUGUAAAAAAGUGCAGGAGAAAGGGAAGGGAAAGAGACCUUACAGUUUCAUUAGCAAAUUAUUUUUAUUUCUACCCCUCCUCCACAACCACCAUUGCAAAAACUGUUGAAACCACAAGGUUGCACAGUUGUCACCAUAGGAAUGUGGCAGCCUCUUUGUUAAAGAUCAAACAGACAUAUCUCAGCUUUUUUGACAAGCACAUGUCCUCAAAUAACCUUGAUGAACUAGUUUCUAUAAAGUUCACAAGCCAGCCCCUCACUAGUUGGAAGUUUGAACCUUUGUCAGGUUUGUUCACAGUAUUUGUGUACUUUGUACAUAAUUGAUGGCUAAGUAGUGCACUAGAUAUACCCACUUAAAUAACUGAUUCAUUUAUCCUUUUUUAGGUGCUGCGAGCACUGCUUGAACCUAUCGAGAAUGACCUUGAUUUACAGACAGAAUGGUGGAAUGCUGUGGAAAAUGUGUUUAACAACUUGGUGGCUACCUAUUGUGGGAACCCAGACAAGAAAUGGUGGAGUCAUAUCAUUUCUUACAAGAAAGAGUUCGGAUCUGGAAGCCCUGAAUACCAAGGGUGGAUAACAGAGUUUUUGGAAGGCACAAACAGGGUCCUGACCAUGAGCCAGUUGUCAAGUGGUAUCAUUAGUGUGCCCCUUGAACUUAAAAACCCAGCUGGCUUGCAAGACACUGCUACACUUGUGGCAGGAAUGGCAGGUUUCACCAUGCAUAACAAAGACACUUCAAGUGUGUCUGUGCAGCCAUACCAAGGCUGGUGUCUUUUUUUAAAAGAAGACUCUCCAUUUUGCCAAAAUUCUCUGAGUGUUGGAAAAUAGAGGACCUGUAUCUUGGGUAACAAAACAAUUCUUUAACUUGUUUUGAUUCAUUUUGAGUUCGUAUGUGGGAUGUUUUUACCCAGUAUGUAACAAAAAUCUGCAUCCUAGCAAUUAAUUUACAUCCAGAAAUAUUAUAGCCCUCAGAUAGUGUAAGAAGUACUGACAAAAAUAAAUAUAUAGCCUUCAUGUUGAAAUUGAUAUGACAAAAAAGUGGAAAUGUUGCUUUGGAGGUGAACCAAUAAAGACAAGUAAAACUUUUGUUACUGACUUUCACAGUUAGACCACAGGUUUGUUAGGGAAUGGGUAGAAGUGACAAAAAUGUCUUACCCAAGAAAAAUCCCAGCUCUGCUCAAAAUACAAAAGAUGACUCCAUAGAUUGGAAUGUCCCUUUAUUAGUAAAUUCAACACUAAAGGAACCCCUAGAGGUAUGUACGGCUCUCAGUUGAACUGAAAAGUGUUCCAAAAAGAUUUGUGAGGUUUCCAGGGCUACAGUCUCAACUAUUUUUAAAGUUUUCAUUCAGCUACUAA